AAAAAGAAGAAGUAGAGUCUGUGAGAACAUGAACUUUUCACCCCUCCCUUACUGUACAAUGGUUCCCGGAACAUUCUUGCAUGAAAAGUUUCCUGGAACAGCCACAAUGACCCAUAGCCUCCGGCCACAAUGUUCCAAUGGCCCUGUAAAAUGUCACUACCCCCUAAUCACAAUGUCACAAAGUCCUGGGUGUGUUACCUAGUGUUACACAUGACUGGCAUAUGACCUAACUGUAUGGGCAGUCUAUGGUUUUGGAAUUUCCCUCCUCCCUCCCUCCUGAUCCCCCUGGUUUGUGGUUUUUUCCUUUAUAAGCUCUGUGAAAAUUCAGGUCGGGGUCGAACUCCUCUACUCCCUGUGUGGUGUAUGAGUCUCGACCCCAGCAUGCUGGCCUGAGCUCUCGUUUCAUCUCGCUCACAAUAAAUCUUCCUCGUGUGAUUACAGCAGGUCGGUGUCUGUGUCCUACUGGGUGCGCGUCUUUCCCGAGACUUGAGUGGGGGGCUCCCUUCGGGGGUCUUUCAUUUGGGGGCUCGUCCGGGAUCUGCGCGACCACCCAGGGGUCCUAGACCCACUUGGAGGUAAGAUUCUCUGUUUUAUCUCAGCGCUGUGUCUGGGUCUGUGUCUAUGUUCUGUCUGGGAAUCUGGUGCGAUCGCUGUUUCGGUUUUGCGGACGCUCAGUGAGACCGCGCUCCAGGAAGGAGAGCGGGGUGGAUAGGGAUAGACGUGUCCAGGUACCCACCGUCCGUUCGCCCUGGGAGACGUCCCAGGAGGACAAGGGGGGACCAGGGACGCCUGGUGAACCCCAUCUGAUAGGUCCAGAGGAGACUUUACUCCUUGACGACCGGUUUGUUAGGCAAGGUCUGCAACCUGCCGAUCAGUUUCAGUGCCUCUGGUCGACACGAAGUCGACGUCGGUUUUGUUUUCUUUUUUCUCUUUUGUUUGUGCUCGUGUGUGUGGUGUGUGUUGUCGAGCUCGACAUGGGACAGAAAGUAACGACUCCUUUGACUUUGACUCUGGAUCACUGGACUGAAGUAAGGACUAGAGCUCACAAUUUUUCAGUAGACGUUAAGAAGGGACCCUGGCAGACUUUUUGUUCAUCCGAAUGGCCAACCUUUAAGGUAGGAUGGCCACCAGAGGGAGCCUUUAACCUGUCUCUUGUUCUCGCUGUUAAGCGCAUUGUCUUUCAGGAAGUAGGAGGACAUCCCGACCAGAUCCCCUAUAUCAUCGUCUGGCAGGACCUAGUCCAGGAUCCCCCACCUUGGGUUAAGCCCUGGAUCACGGGGUCUGGAGUGACAGUGGCGGUUGCGGCAGCUAAACCUAAGCAGACCCAACCGUUGGCAGACCCUUCGGAACCUCCAAAGAUCUACCCUGAGAUCGAGGACCCUUUGUGGACGGAGCCACAGCCCCCUCCUUAUCCUCUGCCGCGACCAUCUGCACCCCCGGCCCCGGCACCGGCCGAGAGGGACGGGGUGGGGGGGCCUGCGGCGGGGACACGGAGCCGGAGAGGCCGCAGCCCAGAAGGGGAUUUCACUGUUGCCCUGCCCCUCCGUGCCUAUGUUGGUGGCCCCCCGCCAGGCCCCGAUGAACUUGUCCCUUUGCAGUACUGGCCUUUCUCUUCAGCUGAUCUAUACAACUGGAAAACUAAUCACCCUUCUUUUUCAGAAAAUCCCUCGGGCUUGACUGGGCUUCUUGAGUCCCUUAUGUUUUCCCAUCAGCCCACUUGGGAUGAUUGCCAGCAACUCCUGCAGGCCCUCUUCACCACAGAGGAGAAGGAGAGGAUCCUGUUGGAAGCCAGAAAGAAUGUCCCCGGACCAGAUGGGACCCCCACUAAUCUCCCCAAUCUUAUAGAUGAAACCUUCCCCUUGACCCGCCCAGCCUGGGACUUCAACACUGCGGAAGGUAGGGAGCGUCUCACAGUAUACCGCCGGACUCUAGUGGCGGGGCUCAAAGGGGCCGCUCGGCGACCCACUAAUUUGGCUAAGGUAAGAGAAGUUCUUCAGGGACCAGCAGAGCCGCCCUCUGUUUUCUUAGAGCGACUGAUGGAAGCCUAUAGGAGAUAUACACCGUUUGACCCCUCCUCGGAGGGACAGCAAGCGGCUGUAGCCAUGGCUUUCAUUGGGCAGUCUGCCUCGGACAUUAAAAGAAAGCUGCAGAGGCUAGAGGGGCUCCAGGACUACACUUUGCGAGAUCUAGUAAAAGAAGCAGAGAAGGUGUAUCAUAAGAGGGAAACAGAGGAAGAGAAACAAGAGAGAGAAAAGAAAGAGGCAGAGGAGAGAGAGAACCGGCGUGAUCGCCGGCAGGAGAGGAACUUAACUAAGAUUUUGGCCGCAGUAGUAGGUGACAGAAGGAUAGAGAAGGGACAGUCAGGGUACCUGGGCAACGGAGCAAGAAGACCUCCGGGAGGAAAAAGACUGCAGCUCGAAAAUGAUCAAUGUGCAUACUGCAAAGAAAGAGGACAUUGGGCCAGAAACUGUCCUAAAAAGAAACAAAGAGGACCCAAGGUACUGGCCUUUGAAGAGAACUAGGGGAGUCGGGGCUCGACUCCCCUCCCCGAGCCUAGGGUAACUCUUUCUGUGGAGGGGACUCCUGUUGAUUUCUUGGUAGACACAGGAGCAGAACAUUCAGUUUUGACCAAGCCACUGGGACAAUUGGGGCAAAAGAAGACUAUGGUGAUGGGAGCCACUGGUAGUAAACUUUACCCCUGGACCACUAAACGAGUUUUAGAUGUAGGAAAAAGCCAAGUGACUCAUUCUUUUCUUGUGAUUCCUGAAUGCCCCAUGCCCCUGUUGGGAAGAGAUUUAUUAACCAAACUUAAGGCUCAAGUACAGUUCACCUCCAAAGGGCCAAAAGUAACCUGGGAGGAGGCCCCAGUUGCAUGUUUGGUUUUAAGUUUAGAAGAAGAAUACCGCCUCCAUGAGCAGAAUCCCAAACAUUUACUAGCCCCCGAGUGGCUGUCUGCUUUUUCCGAAGUCUGGGCGGAGCAGGCAGGGAUGGGGUUAGCCAAGCAAGUACCGCCAGUAGUAGUAGAAUUAAAAGCUGAUGCCUCCCCAGUCUCGGUCAAACAAUACCCUAUGAGUAGGGAAGCUAAAGAAGGCAUCCGGCCACAUAUUCAGAGACUGUUACAACUAGAGAUUCUAGUGCCUUGCCAAUCUCCUUGGAACACUCCUCUCCUGCCUGUACGCAAGCCUGGGACUAAUGAUUAUCGACCAGUACAGGAUUUAAGAGAAGUUAACAAAAGGGUGCAGGACAUCCACCCUACGGUUCCAAAUCCUUACAAUUUACUAAGUUCCCUACCACCAGAGCGGACUUGGUACACUGUCUUAGACUUAAAGGAUGCCUUUUUCUGCCUUCGGUUGCAUCCCAACAGCCAGCCACUAUUUGCUUUUGAGUGGAGAGAUCCAGAAGGAGGACACACUGGCCAGCUGACCUGGACACGGCUGCCCCAAGGGUUCAAAAAUUCUCCUACUCUCUUUGAUGAGGCGCUCCAUCGAGACCUUGCGCCUUUCAGGGCCCAAAACCCCCAGAUUUCUCUCUUGCAGUACGUAGACGACCUACUGCUUGCUGCUUCAACCCAAGAACUGUGUCGUGAGGGGACCAAAAAGCUCCUAAAUGAAUUGGGUGAGUUGGGGUACCGGGUGUCUGCUAAAAAAGCUCAGCUGUGUCGCACUGAGGUGACCUACCUAGGAUACACUCUCCGAGAAGGAAAGCGGUGGCUCACCGAAGCUCGAAAGAAAACUGUGAUGCAGAUCCCGACCCCCACCACUCCGCGACAAGUACGUGAGUUUCUGGGGACGGCGGGCUUUUGUAGACUCUGGAUACCGGGGUUCGCAACACUGGCAGCCCCUUUGUACCCUCUUACAAAAGAAAAGGUCCCAUUCACCUGGACCGAGGAGCACCAAAGAGCCUUUGAGGACAUAAAAGCUGCAUUACUGGCAGCCCCUGCUCUGGCCUUGCCAGAUUUGACUAAGCCUUUCACCUUAUAUGUUGAUGAACGGGCUGGAGUAGCCCGCGGGGUCUUAACUCAGGCUCUAGGGCCCUGGAAACGCCCGGUAGCCUACUUGUCAAAAAGGUUGGACCCGGUCGCCAGCGGAUGGCCCUCCUGCCUAAAAGCCAUUGCUGCCGUGGCCUUACUUGUUAAAGAUGCUGACAAGCUUACCCUAGGUCAGCAUGUGACUGUCAUUGCUCCCCAUGCUCUGGAGAGUAUCGUGCGGCAGCCACUGGACCGGUGGAUGACUAACGCCCGGAUGACCCACUAUCAGAGCCUGUUACUGAAUGAACGAGUGACUUUCGCCCCCCCUGCCAUUCUUAAUCCUGCUACUCUUCUCCCUGAGAUACAUAACUCUACCCCAAUACAUCAAUGUGCCGACAUCUUGGCGGAAGAAACCGGAACAAGAAAGGACCUGACUGAUCGACCAUGGCCAGGUGUGCCUGCUUGGUAUACAGAUGGUAGCAGUUUUGUGGUGGAAGGAAAAAGGAGAGCGGGAGCGGCAGUGGUGGAUGGAAAACAGGUAAUCUGGGCAAGUAGUCUUCCAGAAGGAACUUCAGCUCAAAAAGCCGAACUCGUGGCUUUGACUCAGGCCUUGCGAUUGGCAGAAGGUAAGGCCAUUAACAUUUAUACCGACAGCCGGUAUGCCUUUGCUACAGCCCAUAUACAUGGAGCCAUCUACAAGCAAAGGGGGCUACUCACUUCAGCGGGAAGAGACAUCAAAAACAAAGAAGAGAUUUUAGCCCUUUUAGAGGCAGUACAUUUGCCAAAGAAGGUGGCCAUUAUUCACUGUCCAGGCCACCAAAAAGGAGAAGAUCCUAUAACAAAAGGAAACCAAAUGGCGGACCUCGUAGCAAAACAGGUGGCCCAGCAGGUAACAAUAUUAGCAGAAAAGAGUCAGACUCCAGUAAAAACUCCAGUUACUGAUGACUCUAACUACAUUUAUUCAGCCAAUGACUUUAAAAUACUAGAAAAUAUGGCUCACAGAAAACAAGCUCAAGAAUUCAGCUUUGAUGGGGUAGCGCGGACUAUGGAUGGGCGAGUGAUCCUGCCAACAAAAGAAGGAAUAAGUUAUGUUCAAAGACUACACCAGUUGACUCAUUUAGGGGCAGAUAAACUAAAACAACUUGUCAAAGCUUCUAAAUACCAUGUGUUAAAUUUAAAUUCAACAAUUAGGCAGGUGGUUGAUUCUUGCCAGGCCUGUGCACUUACUAACGCCGCUAAGCCCUAUCAAGAGCCUGGAAAAAGAAGACGAGGAGACCGACCAGGAGUCCACUGGGAAGUGGAUUUUACUGAGAUAAAGCCAGGAAAAUAUGGUAAUAAAUAUCUAUUAGUCUUUGUCGAUACCUUUUCAGGAUGGGUGGAGGCUUUCCCCACAAAAUCCGAAACUGCUCAGGUGGUGGCCAAGAAGAUUCUUGAAGAAAUCUUACCCCGGUUUGGGGUACCCAAGGCUCUGGAAGUCAUCAGAACACAGAUCUGGGACCAGAUAAAAGAAGCCUACGCACCGGGAACUUCAGAGGUGCCCCACAGGUUCCAGGUUGGAGAUUCGGUCUUAGUCAGACGACAUCGAGCUGGCACCUUGGAGCCCCGGUGGAAAGGACCAUAUCUGGUGUUGCUGACCACCCCCACGGCAGUAAAGGUGGAUGGGAUCGCUGCUUGGAUACACGCUUCCCACGUCAAGAAGACACCCAGCCAAAAUGAAGACAACAACUGGAUGGUGGCAACUACUGAUAAUCCUCUUAAGCUUCGCCUGUGCCGCAGAAGUGAAGAGCCAAGAUGCAGGAAUAUGGCCAGGAAACAUAGGAGCUGCGAAUCCUCCAGCUAGGAAACCUGCGCCUCCGAAA